UAUCUUACUAGUUGUGAUUUUUGACCAAAAAAAAUUUAGUAUCUUUGUGCCUGUUUUCACAUUUGUAAAGUGAAGACAGUGCAUUCGUUGUAGAGAGUCAUUUUGGGAUUAAAAUAACAGUCAAGUGCUUAGCACAUAUCAUGCACUCUAUGCUUGGUGGAUAAUUUUUUCCUUCAUACAAUAUGGGCCUGCUCCAUUGGACUCCAGGGAAGAAGAAGGGGCCCACCCCUAAAGAAAAGGCGCCAGUAGGGAGGGCCCAGGUGGGAAGCAGGGGCUUCUGCCUGCCACGUUCAUGGUAUGGCUGGGUCAGCUGUCCUACAGGCUUUGCGGAGGAAGAAAAAAUUGGAACAGCAGCUGGCACAAACUGAUGGGACAUUAUUCACCCUGGAGUUUCAGCGUGAGGCCAUGGAGAAUGCCACCAGUGCAGAAGUGCUUCGAACCAUGGAACUUGCUGUCCAUGGCAUGAGGAAAGCCUACCAGCACAUAGACAUUGACAAGGUAGAUGAACAGAUGGCUGACAUCACAGAACAACAGGAGGUGGCCCAGCAGAUCUCUGAUGCCAUUUCUCGGCCUGUGGGCUUUGGAGAUGAUGUGGAUGAGGAUGAGCUGUCAGAGGAGCUAAAGGAGCUGGAGCAGGAGGAACUGGCCCAGGAGUUGUUACAUGUGGGCGACAAGGAGGAAGAACCCCCAGUCAAACUGGCUCGUGUACCCUCUACACAGCUGCCUGCAGGGCCAAGUACCCAGGGUUGUUCUGCGGUCUCAAGGACUUGAGAGGAUGGGACAGAUAUGGGGAGAGGUUUUCCUCAUCCAUCCUACCUCAGAUGAACCAGGCGGAGAGGGCUGCUGCUACAGUUGCACAGGUGCAUAAGAGCACCUGGUUAAAGGGGAGUGGGGACUGAAAUCCAGGCUGUGCUCCACUCAGCAAGCUGUGCACCCUGGUUUAGGGCUGCAAAUGCUGGGAGAGAGAGACCGCUUUUUCCAAUUUGCCCAAAGGUACUAUGGGAUUAGCAGCCGCUCAGCAAGCAGAAGAGCCAGUCCUUUAGGUUCUUUGCUGAGGGGAGAGAAUUCAGCAGGUUCUGAAUGUUGUAGCAGGGGGGCGGUUGGAAGGUGCUGAGGUCUUAACACAUCCUUCUUUCUCUGGGUAUCCUUGUCCCCAAAGCUCCCAAAGCGGAUGAAGAUGCUGAAGCACUAAAGCAGUUGGCUGAGUGGGUAUCCUGAUGAGUCUGAGCUUAUCUUCCUGAUGCCGCCCUCAAUGGCCUCUUUUCCUUAAGUGCCAAGUGUUGAGCUAAAGGAACAUAGCCUUUUUGGGAGGCCUUGCUGAGCGUGGUGGUGUAAGCCUGCCUGAGAAAAAGGGUCUGUUGCCUUCCCAUCCCUGGCUCAACUCUGAAGGAGGACUUGGUGCAGGAUUAGCCCCUGGGCUUCCUUCUUUUUGAUAGCAAUUAUAGUGCCCUUGUUCCCAAUAGAAGUAGACAGGUGCAACCCUAGCCCUUAUACUGCCUUGUCUACACCUGAAACUCUCCCCCUGGUCCUUGGAGCUUUGUUUCAAGCAAUGAAUAAUAAUGGGAGGGAUGAAGGAGCAUUGGAACACAGAACAAAUGGAGUUUCCCAUAUCUUACCCACUAGGUUCCAGGCAGAUACUCUUUCAUCUUUAAAGUUGGUUUGUCCUAGAGUUGCCUAGUGCUGAGGUUGAGGAAACUGCCAUCUAUUACUUAUCUUAGAGCCACGUGGGGUUGUCCCUGUGUCUUCCCUCAUUGCUUUCCUCCAGUCAGCCUCUGCCAACACAGCCCCAUGACUUCCUACCCAUUUUCCUUUUGCAAAGCCAAUUCUCAAGCACAGGGAGGUAGAGCACAGAGAUAAAGGGGGCAAGUAGCUUUCCUUUAUCCAGAACCCAUUGUUAACAGACUUGGUUUGUACCCUGCCUUCUGUGUCGAGGAGCAAUAAUGUGAGGGGCCAUGGUUCACUGGGAUUGUUUCCAUGGUGAUUAAGGUGGCAUUUGGAGGUAUCGAAGGAACCAAGGUACUUCACACAUCCUGAUACCCAUUUCUAAAAAGCACAGACAGUGUCAUGCCUUUAUACUAUAGACAGAGGCAGAACCAUAACAGAGUAA